GUGAAUGAGGGAUCGAGCACAACGUCUAUCGUGCCGAUCGAUCGAUCCAUUGAGAGUGUUUCUUCGGUCGAUGUCCAUUGUUUUCGUCUGGACUUGCACUCGUAAUUGAAUUUCAUAUUUGCGGUCGUUAAGACCGUCCGCAGCAAAUGGAGCAUCUCCAGCUCUUAGUAUGAUUGUAUUUUAAUGCGCCGGUUCUUUUAGAAAUCGUGGUCCUGGUAAAAAGAGCUCUGAGGUUUUCCCUUCUCUCAAGCAUUUUAUGUGAACAGAUUUGUGUAUUGAGACAUUUCUAUCAAGUUGAAGCGGGAAAUGAUGGCAGAGCAUGCUGAGGCUGCGGAAUCUUCCUUUUUUCAUGAUAUCUUCAGCAUGGAACCAAAGAAAGUUACUGCUGUUUACAAACGCCGUCCGAAAAAGGCCGAACCCCAACAUCCUGAUCGCUCGAGUAUCGGUUUGGGAACCACUACCGGCAAAGAAAGUGGAAUAUUUGUUUUCAGAGAUGAAGGGGCCAAAAGCAGGGAUAUCCUAGGAAGGAAAAUUAAAGGAAGGAAAGAUAGUUGGCUCCAUCGAUCCCUCUCAUUCAGAGGAAGACGAAGUAGCCUAAUGCCUACUCACCGGCAGCCUUUGGGCUCUCUUGCGAGCAAUAUCUACGGCAAUCCUUCAAAUAUACUUCUCAAGAGCAACCCAGGCAAUUUGGCGUCGAAAACCAGGAGGACUUGGGCUGGAGUUCCAUCUUCAUACGUGAAAGAACAGCGAGCGAUUUUUGCAGAUGUUGAUGCUUUUGACUUAGAUGAAAAAGAGGCUGGUUUCAGUCCGACUCCCAAGAAGCAGCCACCAGUGCGGGAUAGUUUAGAUUUCGCAAAAUCCCAAAUGCGAGCUUACAGCUUUGAUGAAGCAUUUCGUCAUCCAACUCUCUCUGACAGUGAACUAUUAAGUGCUGCUCUACGGACUCCAGGCCGACCUUUUGGUAAAGCGGAUUCCAGAAAGUACGAUGUCUCUCGUCCUCUAUCUUCGUUUACUGAACAAAGUAUUCCAGCACAAAAUUCAUUCUGGUUACAUACUGAUUCUGGCAUCAACGACGGUCAAGAUGAAGAUAUUUCUUCACCACAAACACUCAGAGAUAAAUCCAUUCAACUACGCAGCAGUAGGAGUUCUGCAGACUUUGUCAGCCUUAAAGAGAACUCUCUCCGUUUAUCGGAUAGUUCUUGGAUCAGCAACGACGAAGAAAAUCAACUGGCUCUGCCAUCUCCAGAAGUGUCAUGGGACCAACAGAUGAGACGACGAAGCAGCAAAUCUUCUGUGGAUUCUAUUAGCCAAGGACGAAACAGCAGAAGCAUAAGCAGCAUUGAUCAGGAGAUCCCAACUCCUGUGGGAACUCGGAAGAAUUCCAGCCUUGAUAUGGAAACUGCGUCCCUCCUCAAUCGAUUGGAGGCCUUGCAUAUUAGGGAAGAGGAAAGUCACAGCAUGUUCAGCAAGAGCUUUCGCACUCUAGUACCCGAGGAGGCUGAGGAGGAGAGGGAAGGAAUAGGUCACUGUAUAUUCCGUAAGAUGAGUCAUUGUACUCCAGUACCUGAGGAGGAUGAAGACGAAAAUGAAGAGCAGUUGGACAGACCUGAUGGCUCACAGACUGGAGAUGGGCUUAAUGCAUCAUUGGAAGAAGACAUUGCGGAAAAGGCUGUAGAACAGUUGGAAGCAGAUACCUUUCUAUCAGUGUUUGAGGUUCUCGUACAAGAAUGUCGUCAAACGGAGAUCCUGACAUUGGGUGAAGCACUUUCGGGUUUCUGCGAUUUACGGCAAAUUAAGAAAUUAGGAGAGGGAACAUUUGGAGAAGCCUUUAAAGGGGGUAGUAGUGUUUUUAAGAUAGUGCCAAUGGAUGGGAAAUUUCAAGUUAAUGGUGAGGCACAAAAGACUUCUGCGGAAAUGCUGAGCGAGGUGGUUUUGUCCAACGCUUUAAACGAAUUGCGGGGUGGGCCAAUGAGGAAUGAACCCAAUAUUUGCAGCACAUUCGUUGAGACCAAAGCCACGCGAAUCUGCCAGGGCUGCUAUGACCCUGAGCUCGUCAGGGCUUGGGAGGAAUGGGAUUCCCUCAAUACGUCUGAAAAUGAUCAUCCCUCUAUCUUCCCCAAUCAGCAGUUGUAUGUGGUAUUUUUCCUGACAGAUGGAGGCAGGGAUCUCGAGAGUUUUUCUUUGGAGAAUUUCAAUGAAGCACGGAGUCUCUUACUCCAGAUUGUAUUAGCACUCGCAGUAGCAGAGGAGGCUUGCGAAUUUGAGCACCGGGAUCUUCACUGGGGCAACAUAGUGCUGUCAAGGGAUCAACGUGAACAUGUAGUCUUUCGAUUGCUUGGCCAAGAGAAGCAAGUGAAAACAUAUGGCCUGUCUGUGUCCCUCAUCGACUUCACGCUCUCCCGAAUCAAUACAGGAAAUCAAGUUCUGUUCUGUAACUUAGCUGCAGAUCCGGCUUUAUUUGAGGGCCCCAAGAACGAUGUGCAGGCUAAUACAUAUCGAAGAAUGAAGAAGGUAACUGGCGGCCAAUGGGAGCAGCGGUUUCUUCAGACGAAUUGUCUCUGGAUUCACUAUGUAGCGGAUAUUCUUCUUACCAAAAAGACUUUCAGCUCUUCCCCAGCGGAGAAGCGGUCAUUGCGUGCUUUCAGAAAGAGGGUGAUGCUAUAUGAGUCAUCAGGAGCUGCUGUUUUGGAUGAAUUCUUUAAUGGCAUGUGGGCUGAUGUCUAACUUAGUGCUGGCACAUUUAGACGCCUCACGUUACUGAUUUAUAAGCCCGGAGUAAAUGCAGUGACCCUGUCAAGGUUACGAGCUUUUCAUGCUCUAUGAGUUAUACAUCCAACUCCAAGUUGCGUGUGUAAGGAUGUUUGACGCUGCCUCCUCCCCCUCGCAGUAGUUCACUACCAUAUCUCGGAUGUCAGGGUCGUGUACACAUUGGAAAAGAGCAUAUUUGGAUUUCUUCAACUGACUCACCAAAUUGAAGACUCUACUAACCUCACAAUUCAGUGUGUUGAUUAAGGAAACUUUUAGAACAGUCAAAGUUUUUACUUGUGUUAUAUUAUUAUUAUUAUUAUUAUUAUUUUUUUGUAGCGAACCUUUUGGGGCAUUUAUGCAUAGAUAAAUUGUAAAUUUCAAUUGCUUAGAAGUUACAGUGUUUGCAGCUUCUACUAUGUCUUAGGUGGAUAUUUGGUUUGUUUCAUUUGAAAUGUCUGCUUAAUCAGACAAAAACAACAUUGGAUUGGAUAGUUCUUCUAGAAGAUUUGGUGGCAUCAAGACUUUUUGUGCUGCCAAUUGUGUCUGCAUACUCGACUAAUUUUACCAUUUCCCUUGCUAA